GAACGUUUAACAGACAGCCUCGUUUUCUCACCGGAUCGUUUUAGUCGUCGAACCAACCCAGGCAUAUCGGGAUGGAUGUAAGGGAUGCCAAUGCCGCUAUGCUAAGCAAUUAUGAGGUCUAUCAGUUGCUGACAGACUUGAAAGAAAAAAGAAAGGAGAUGGUUAAAAAUAAGCACAGCACUAGACAGCAGAAUCUCAACACCAUCAUGUAUGAGACCCUGAAGUACCUCUCCAAGACGCCAUGUGCUCAUCAGAAUCCGGACACUGUGAAGGAGUUCCUCACUGCAAUGCUGCCUCACAAGCUUACUAAAGCUGAGAAGUUGCAGGUGCUUAACCACAGACCUCAGACUGCUGUUGAGAUCCAGCUGAUGGUAGAGGAGAGUGAGGAAAGACUGACAGAAGAACAGAUUGAUGAACUGAUACAGAAAGUCACAGACGUCCUGCCUGGUGACCCUCAGAAAGAAGCCAGUCCAUCUGCUGACCCUGAGAUGGAGACAGACCAGUAACAUCACCCCUGCAAACUCAAUUAUAUAUAUAUAGAGAGAGAGAGAGAGAGAGAGAUGUGUACAGUAUGUGUGUUUUCAUUUUCAAACACAAAAGAAACUUUUUUGUUGACAGUGCUAGUGCUAAUGUUGGCUAAUAUAAAGUGAUGUCUAAGAAAAUUGUUAAAACAUGUAUUUAUUGUUCCUAAUGUGUAUAUAUUGUACAAGCAAAUUAUUAAAAUAAAUCCAUAUGAUUUUGUCAGCUUUUUAAACCUA